AUGCCUCCUCCCCUCCGGGUCUCCACGCUUUCCCUGCUGACCAACGCCCAAGGAGGCUAUGCCAGUACCAGCACCGACAGCAGAGGCAGCGACGGAGGCGACAGGCGUGUGGCCGGGGCGUCGAGUGGCGAUGGUGAUGGGCCUGCAGGUCGUGUAGCAGCACCAGCACCAGCACCAGCACCAUCUGCAGCUGCAGGGGCAGGGGCAGGGGCAACUGCAGCUGUGGGGGCCGACCUGGCCGGCGCGGAGGAGGAGGUGGUCCCCGUGGUGAUCUGCGGUGCAGGACCCACAGGUCUGACUUUGUCGCUGCUGCUAGCCAAGUACGGUAUACGGCACGUGGUUCUGGAGCGAGCCCUGGGCCCCACGCAACAUCCACAGGCGCACUUCAUCAACAAUCGAACGAUGGAGGUAUUAUGUGUGUGUGGGGGGGUGCUGAGUGCGGAGUGUUGGAUUUUCCGGGGGUUGGGCCUGGCGGGGCCUGUACGGCAACGGAUGCCGCCCCUGGAGCAGUGGCGUCGCUUCGUGUACUGCGAGACUGUGGCAGGACGAGUGUACGGCGAGGUGGACCACUUCCGAGGUCAGUCCUCUCCCACCUCCCCCCGGCUGUCCCCGGAGCCAGUGGCGCACCUCCCGCAACACCGGCUGCUGGGGAUCAUGCUACAGCGACAGGCGGAGGUGGCGACGGCGGCAGUAGCAGAGGAGGUGGCGACGGCAAUGGUAUUGACGUUGGGCUGCGACGGCAGGUUAAGCGCGCCCAAGGGCUCCAGCUGCGGCGCCGCCGUUAGCUGGGGCGUCGUACAGGACGCAACGAACGUCGAUGACGUGGAGGUGGAAGUCGAGGUGACGGAUUCGGACAGCGCGGCGGCGGCUUUGCCUCCUCCACACCCCAACCACCCCAACCACCCCAACCACCACCACAACCAGCGCCGGCGUGCCGUGCUUCUUCGUUGUCAGUACUUGGUGGCCGCUGACGGCGCUCACAGCGCUGUGAGGGGCCUCAUGGGAGGCAGAUUGGAGACCCCUCAGGCCCCCCUGCCAGGCGCGGGCCCCCUGCAGCACCUGAUCAACGCCCACUUCAUCAGCGCCGCCCUGGCCAGCCGGGCCGCCCGCCACCCGGCCAUGUUGUACUUCGUGUUCAACCCUGAGGUGGUGGCGGUGCUGGUGGCGCACGACAUCCAGGCGGGGGAGUUCGUGGCGCAGAUUCCGUACUUUCCGCCGCUGCAGUCGCCCGCUGACUUUCCACCGGAGCGAAUCGUACAGCUGAUUCGCGCUGCGGCCGGACAGCUUACUCCUGACUCCCCGGCUAGCGGCUCUCCGGGGGUUCCUCACCCGGGGGUAGUGGAUGUACGGCUGUUGCAGGUACGGCCCUGGGCAAUGACCGCGGAGGUGGCAGACAGAUUCGCCUUCGCAUCCUCCGACAACGGCAGCAGCAGCAGCAGCAGCAGUAGCGGUGGCCCGCUGGCUGUCUUUCUGGCGGGCGACUCAGCGCACCGCUUCCCCCCGGCUGGCGGGUUCGGUAUGAACACCGGCGUGCAGGAUGCGGCGAACCUGGCCUGGAAGCUGGCGGCCGUGUUGCGGGGCUGGGCGGGCAGGGAGCUGCUGAGGUCCUACGCGGUGGCCCCCCUACCUCCGUGGUUUCGGAAGCGGCUGCUGGAGGCGGUUCUGGACCUGGGCCGCAGGAUGUCGGGGCCGGAGGGGCUGCCGGUGCCGCCGCUGGGCGCCUGGAGGGAGCAGCAAGUGCAGCGGAUUCUCAAGUACGGCAGUGACACCUCCGGAGCCAGUCUUCGGCUGCAGUUCCCAGCGGAGGAUCUGGGCUUCGUGUACGACAAGGGCGCGGUAGUCGUACGACAGUCGUCCGUUCCCGCAGGAGGCAUUUCUGGGGCAACGGCGGGAACCGCAGGCUCUAGCUCGAGGGCGGUGGUGGAGACGGUGGAGGAGGCGUUGGCUCGGCUUCCGCCGCGGGGCGCGCCGUACAACCCUAGCUCCGCUCCGGGCUGCCGUAUGCCACACUGCUGGCUACAGCUGCCGCCGUCACCGCCGCCCUCGCCGUUGUCGCCGCCGGGUAGCGAUACGGCAGGACGCGGCAGUAGCAGCAACAGUGGCCAGGUCCUUGCGGUGGCAGCUGCACGGGGAACCGACAACUUCAGCGACCUCAACCGUCAACAGCAUCAACGAGAUUUGCAGGCAGACCUGCCGUACCCGGCGGCGGCUGUCGUCGUACACGAGCCGCCUGAAGGGAGCGUCCUGGCCAAUCUCGUCCGGAGCGCCGCCAUCUACCGCAGCAUCGGCAGUAGCCGCUUGGGCGGUAGAAUCAGUAGCGCUGGAAGCUGUGGCGCAGCGACGGCGGCGGGGGUGUCCGACGGGUCAGAGGCCUGUGUCGGACGGGUGGCGCCGCUGGUGGAGCUUCAAGAAGCGGAGCCCGGCAGUUGGCUACGAACCAUGGGUCUCCCGCCGGGGAGCUGCCUGCUUGUACGACCCGACGGUCACGUGGCUUGGCGCCACCUUGGUCCACCGCGACGGAGGCCGCCGCCUCAACGGCCGCCGGUACCCCCUCCUCCGUUGGAAACCAACGGCUCAAAACCCAAUGCUAUGAUGCUAUGA